AUGGCGGCGGGGAGUCCCUGCCGCACCCGGCGCCACUCCCGGCGCCGCUCCCGGCGCCGCUCCGGCGGGGUCGGCCGCGUUCCGCGCCUCCUCCGCCAACCCCGCCAGAACGCCCGCGCGUGUCCUUCCCCCCCGAUGCGAGCCGCUCUCUGGGGGGUUUCCGCCGGCGCGCCCCCCCGCGAGCCGCCCGGGUCAAGAGUCUCCGCAGUGCUUCUAGAAAAAGAGCAAGAGCACACUGCCUUAUCUGAGCUGCCAUGCCAGACUCAGGGAGAGCUGUUCCCUGCCCGAGGGCAGGAAGAGCAGCUCAGGCAGCAGGUGGAAGAGCCACAGGAGAAUGGCCAGAACAUCAAGGCAGAGCCACAAGCAGAGCUGUCUGAAGCUCAGAGUGCCAUCAUGGCAGCGAAGAGGAUGAAUGAAGACAUCCAAGAGGAGAAGAAUCUCCCUGUGCAGAGGGGCAAUCAACAAAAACAGGUGAGUGAAGGAAUGUCAGCCACUCCACUCAUGAAAGUGAGUCCUUUCCGUUGUUCUUUACAGAAAAUUGAUGAACAGAUGCAGACAGAGCUGCAGGAAAUUGAGGCUAGGACCAAGGCAAGGAAGAAGAGGCUAGACGAAAAAAUUAAAAUCAUCAAAGAGAAAAUGAAUUGCCUCCUUCAGGAGCAAAAGGUUCCAGAAAAGCAAGUGGCCAUCAAGAAAAUACAGCUUCAAGGACUGAGGAAGAAGGAACUAAAAGUCAAUGAACUCAUGGUCCUGAAGGGGAACAGGAAUCCCAACCUGGUCAACUGUUUAGACAGCUACCUUGUGGGUGAGGAACUGUCCCUGGUUAUGGAGUACAUGGAUGGAGGCACUCUGAGUGAUGUCAUCAGCAAGACCUGCCUGUCGGAAGAUGAGAUGGCAGCCAUCAGUCGGGAGUGCCUGCAAGGACUGCAAUUUCUUCAUUCAAACCACGUCAUCCACCACGAUUUGAAGAGCAGAAACAUCCUUCUCAGAACUGACGGUUCUGUCAAGCUGGCUGACUUUGGCCUCUUUGCUCAGCUCAGCCCUGAGCAGGGCAGACGGAGCUCCGUGGCCGGCGCUGCUGGGUGGCUGGCGCCUGAAGUGGUGACAGGUCAACCAUGUGGCCCCAAAGUGGACAUAUGGUCUUUGGGAAUCGUGGGCAUCGAAAUGGUGGAACGAGAAGUUCCUUCCUGGAAUGCAACUCCUGUCUUGCCUCAACUCCUGAUAGCCACAGGAGGAAAACAAAAGCUGCAGCAGCCCAACUUAUUUUCAUCCUGCCUUCGUGACUUCCUGAGCUGCUGCCUGCAGAGAGACGAGGCGCGGCGCUGGUCUGCCAAGGAGCUCCUGCAGCAUCCAUUUGUAAGAUUUGCUGAGCCUGCGUCCAGCCUGGUGCCACUGAUUGUUUCAGUGAAGAAGAGGAAGGAGACAAGAAUGUGA